AUGGAAGAAACCCUAUCACCAGAUGAUUUGCUUCCUGGACGAGUGAAUCAGGAUGGGCAGCCAUUGCGGCUGCUGCUAGGGACUGCACAGGGAAGGUUGUUGAUGGCUAUUCGAACCUAUUUAGCUAGAGCAAUAAAGGCGAUGGUUGUUCAGAUGGGAACCAAGCUAACUUCUGCAUGCUUUGGAAACCAAGAUCAAGGAAAAAUGAUUGCCUCAGUUAGUGAUGCAUUGUGGGGUAAUAGGAUAGUAUGUGGGAAAAUGUUCACUGUGACAUGCAUGGGACCCCAAAAUCCCGUACCACAUCCAUGCAUAGGGAAGAACAUUACUGUGAAUAUCGUUGAUCACUAUCCGGGAUGUCCAUCAACUAUCGAUCUCUCCCAAGAGGCCUUCACUAUUAUUGCCAGCCUGGUUGCUGGUGUCAUUAACGUGGACUACAAGCAGUAUGCAUAG